CAACACAUUUCGUCUGAAUUACGUCGAUUGGUUUGUCUGGUCUCUGGGCUUGGCCCUCCACCAUGACUUCAUGCCGGCGUUACACGUUUCGGUUUACCAAUGAAGCAGGUAUUGGCACACUCUAGUCUCUCCUGUUGAUCGUCGAGCAUGCCACUUGGACAGCAACCUCGAAUUUCGAGAUAGUGUUAUGAAGAAAAGCACUACUCAAUGCGACAUAAAAGCUUCACUAGUGUAGCUGCGCUAUUGUCAAUUCUGGCCGAACUCUUAUUAAGCGGCAUUCCCUCGAGUUUUCUCCUGCGUCUGUCACCUUUUCAAGUAUUUGACACGUAUUCGAUGGAGGCCCUCAAAUUGUGUCACCCUGUUGGAGCAAUGCCUCAUCUGGCUUGGCCGAAGUCUGUGACAUUCCUGUUCCAGGGAGGGCGAGAUAGAAGAAGUGAAGGUUUGUUCGAAUAUUGCUUCCCAAAGCCAAUCCUUUGCUUGAGUCUAGAAUACAUUCGUCAUUCAAGUGUUGCCAACCUUGAAUCGGCCGUCCGAGUCCCCUCUAUUAGUAAGACUGUCGUGUUAUAUAUCACUCUGGCCCGUCAUCAGAAAGCCCAAAAAAAAAUUUAAAAAAAUUUAACGCCAUGCUUAGCCCCGUUGUCCCUUGCACAAGGUCUGACUCGCUUCUCGAGACGUAACGGUUAUAUCCAGCCAGAAAUCGUUCCCUUGGGAUCGCUUUAGUUGUCGCUCGCACCC